UCCUAAAUAUAUGAAGCAGGAAAGAGAGACCAGGAAGAGAGUUUCUUGGGCUUUCUUCUUGUUUUUAAACGGCUCUCCCCCCCAAAUUUCACGCAAAUACUCUGAAAAUGGCGUCCGUUCCCAUGCAAAUCCUGCCAAUUUAGCUUCAUUUACGUGCAACCCAGGUUCGGAAUUUCUUCACCUAUUUUUUUUUUCUCUCUUAUCAGAUCUUAAUAUUCCCCAACAAUUGUUUGAAAAAGAGCAUAUAAAUUAAUCAUAAGAGACGAACGCAAAGAAAAUAGCAGCAGCAGCUGCAGCAGGCGGAGGAGGAGGAGGAGGAGGAGGAGGAGAAUUGUUAAGCAAAAGGGAGAAUGUCAAAAACCAAUGAGUCUCCUCCACCACCGUUUUCGGAGUCUUCGCCUCCACCGGGGUUGGGUGAGCGACAAGAUCUUGUCCCAUCCAAUUCAUCGUCCAACUCCUCACCUCCACCGGAGGAGUCUGCGUCCUCCUUGGCUUCUCAGCCCCCACCCAUUUCGAAAUCCCCUCCGCCUUCGCCGCUGCCUACCCAAUCCGAUUUAAAAGCAACGGCGCCUUCGCCGCCUUUGGAUUUGGGAUCACCACCUCCUAGUUCGUCCCCGGGCUCGAGUUCUAAUACCCCCUCACCUCCAUUGGAGUCGGGAGAUUCAAAAGCUCCACCUCCACCAUCAAAUUCCAAAGCUCCACCCCCGCCCCCGCCCCAGCCUCCGUCGUCUCCUCCUCCUCCAAGUCCUAGUAAACAAUCGACACCUCCAUCGCCGCUACAAUCAUUCCCAGAUUCUCCUACUCCUCCUCCUCCUGCUACUGAGAAUACUCCAUCUGCUAUUCAAGCUCCACCUCCUCCGUCCCCUCUUGUUUCUUCUCCGAUUGCCAUUUCUUCGCCCUCCCUCCCCACUUCACCACCCGAAAAAUCCAGCCCAUCUUCACCAACCGAGCUUUCGCCUCUAACCAAUGCUGAAUCGUCUCCGCCUCCUCCGUCAACCUCUGUUGGACAGAGCCCUUCCCCUCCUUCCUCCAACACAAAUACUGCCAGGUCAAACUCUAAGAGCGGCUCCAGUCCACCGCCAGGAUCAAAUGUGAGUUCUGUGACUUUUGUUGGGGUAGCGGUGGUGGGAGUAUUCGUCAUUGCCUUAGUUGCUUUCCUUUUGGUGAGCUCUAGACGGAAGAGAAGACAGGCACAGAUCCAUGCCUCCCAUUACAUGCCCCCCAAUAAGGUUUCUGUGCAAUCAGAUGGAUAUUACUACAACCAGCAACAUACUGGAGUAGAUGCUUAUUAUAAAUCUACUAUGGCAAGUAGCUACGGCAGUCAAAGAGGGGGGAAUGUGUACAAUGGCGUGGCACCAGAUGUAAGUGGCAUAGGGAAUGCCAAGUCCUUUUUCAGCUAUGAAGAGUUGACGGAAAUAACUAAUGGAUUUUCUUGCGAAAAUGUUCUGGGAGAAGGUGGGUUUGGAUGUGUUUACAAAGGUUGGCUGCCUGAUGGGAGAGUGGUGGCUGUUAAGCAGCUCAAGGCAGGUAGUGGACAAGGGGAGCGGGAAUUCAGGGCUGAAGUUGAGAUUAUUAGCCGUGUUCAUCAUCGAUUUUUGGUCUCCUUGGUGGGCUAUUGCAUCGCUGAGCAUCAUAGACUGCUCCUCUAUGAAUUUGUUCCAAAUAAAACUCUUGAGCAUCAUUUGCAUGGUCAAGGAAUGCCGGUGUUGGAUUGGGUCAAAAGACAGAAAAUUGCUCUUGGGGCUGCGAAGGGCUUGGCAUACUUACAUGAAGAUUGCCAUCCAAAAAUUAUACACAGAGACAUUAAGUCGGCAAAUAUUCUUUUGGAUGAUGCUUUUGAGGCACAGGUUGCUGACUUUGGACUUGCCAAAUUAGCAAAUGACACAAAUACCCAUGUAUCAACUCGAGUUAUGGGGACAUUUGGGUACUUGGCACCUGAGUAUGCAUCAAGUGGAAAAUUGACAGAUAGGUCAGAUGUAUUCUCAUUCGGCGUGGUGCUUUUAGAGCUUGUCACUGGGCGUAAACCUGUCGACCCAACGCAGCCUUUGGGGGAUGAGAGUUUGGUUGAAUGGGCUCGACCACUCCUUAUUCAUGCCCUAGAAACUGGUGAUUUUGGUGAACUAGUAGAUCCACGGCUUGAUAAACAUUAUGUGGAGAGUGAAAUGUUCAGAAUGAUUGAGGCAGCUGCUGCAUGUGUUCGCCAUUCUGCUCCAAAACGGCCCCGCAUGGUGCAGGUGGUGAGAGCAUUGGACAGUGAAGGUGAAAACUCCGAUCUCUCAAAUGGUGUCAAAUAUGGUCAGAGCACCAUAUAUGAUUCUGGCCAAUACAAUCAAGAAAUUACGAGAUUCAGGAGAAUGGCACUUGGGGAUGGCAACAGUUCGGAAUAUGAGAUGAAUAGUGGAGAAUACAAGUCUAGAGAAAUGUCUGAAUCUCAAAGUUCAUGGAAGCCCUGGGAUGAUUCAAGUGGUGAGUCAGAAACUCGAGCCAUUAAUGCACGCAGUGGUGAACACAAAUCCAGCCUUGCCCAAGGAAGCAGGUUUUAACUAAAUGCUAGAUUUUGACUUUUCCAGAAUGGUGAUUUCUUCUUGCACAUUAUUUGACCCACAGUGCACACUAGAAAAGGCCAUCUUUGCAAGGAUGGCCUUUGAUUAAUCCCACUUAACUCGUGUGUAGAGUUUCUUUUUCUUUUUUGGUGAAUCUUGGUAUAUUCAUUAGUCCCUUAAAAUUAUCAGCAGAGUUGGGGGAAGCUGUAAACUGGAAGGUAAUUUCUAAUGUCAACAAUCAUUCUUGAUAGUAGCAGGGCAAGGCAAUUCUGUUUUCGUGUGAAUACUCACUCCCUAUAAAGGUUCUAUUAUGGAGAAUAAUGACAAGUGUGUUCCAAUAUUAAAGGAACAUUGGUUACUUUUAGUAUUGGACUCGCGAGAUGCGCGAGAAUAUUUAAAAUUUGUUAAAUAAGAGAACUUUAUUCCCA